AUGCACGUCCUGUCAGAGCUCCGGAACCCCCUCUUCGACACUCCAGAUCGUCAACGCGCACUGAGAGCACUCCAGAUGUCGCGCCUGCUUCGCGAGAACAACGGCGCAAAAGCAUGGCAAGCCGUACGGAACAUGAUCGACCGCGCGAUCUCGGAGCAUAACUCGUCCGCACCCGAUUCAUACGCAAGCCCACCGCUGGAAGAUCCGUCUAACGACAAGUUCCGUGUGUUUCCCGCGAUGGGGGCGAUUCCGAGUUACGCUAUCCAAGUCUCUUCUGGCACGUACACACCAGACCCCAUCACUACUGACCCGCAGCAAGUCCAACCAGAUCCGGAUCUUCUUCCUCCGAUGCAGCAACAUCAAAGCAUGCAGAACACUGAGCCGGAUCCUGUGCAGAACCUCGUGCAACCGAAUUGGGACGACUUCAAUCUUAACAACAUCAUCAAUAUGGCAGGCGAUAUUGAGCCGGCGCCGGGCAUCUUGCCGGACUUUGACUUUGGCUUCUGGGGCGAUCCUUUCAACUAUGAGAAUGAACCUGCUGCCAUUCCUGUUGAGGGCAGCUACUUCCCAACAUGGCCCGCCUGA